GUCGUGGGUUCGAUUCCCACAGACGGCGUUUUCCCCUUAUUUUCUUUUCAAUCUUUUAUCUUUUUCGCUUCGUUUUUUUGUUUCCUGAACGGGGAAACAAUUAUAUUUGGAUUCUCCUUUCACUUGUAUCAGUGGAUUUAAUUUUGGAAAAGAAUAAUUGGUUUUACAAAGUUGUUGUGUUUAGAUUCGGGAUAAAGAUUCUUGAUGCAGUAUCACUAAAAUAUUUAAACGUGAAAAACGCAUGCAGUUUCAGAAGUAUUUGUUCUGAAAAUUUGUGAUGUUAAGGUUUAAAUAUAAUCUUUUAAAAGAAUUUCGAGGUAUAUAGGCUAAAAAACAUUCCCAACUAAUUUGGUACUGAGACACAGUUGUUGUAUGUUUCCCUCCAACACGCUUACCUGCUUAUACAGGCAGUUGUAGCAAAGACAAGGACUAAAGAGGUGAACUUCAGAUUCCCAGUGGGCAUAAAUGCGCUUAAAGAACUUGUCACCACAAGACCUCAAACCUCUCCUAUUGGGAUGCAGACAUAGUGCAUUGAUUUCUCAAAUCCAUGCUGUUAUGGUAUCAUCUGGGCUGUUUUCCAGUGGAAACUCCAAUGCCCAAUUAAUAUCAUCCUAUGGUAGAGCGGGUGAUCUUGAAUCUGCCCACAAAGUGUUCGAUAAAAUUUCCCUGAGGAGAGUAGAUUCAUGGAAUGCGAUGCUAAUUGCCUAUUCGAGGAAUGAGUGCCCUGUUGAGGUUGUAAAUGCUUAUAAACAAAUGGUUUUUGAAGGCGUCAAACCUGAUAGCUCAACUUUCACCGUGGCACUUAAGGCAUGUACGAUUUUGCAGGAUUUGGAGAAGGGUGAAGUGAUUUGGGAAAAGGUGGUCGAGUGUGGGUAUGAAAAUGAUAUCUUUGUUGGGUCCUCUAUUUUGAACUUGUAUGCUAAAUGUGGGAAGAUGGACAAAGCAGCAAUUGUAUUUGAAAAGAUGCAGAAGAGGGAUACUGUUUGUUGGACUACCAUGAUCACGGGUAUUGUACAGAGUGGGAAAGGGAGAGAGGCCGUGGAUCUGUAUCGGAGGAUGCAAAAGGAAGGCAUGGUAAGUGAUGGUGUUGUUAUGCUGGGUUUGAUGCAGGCAUGUGCUAACAUUGCAGACACAAAAUUGGGUUUGUCAGUUCAUGGUUAUAUGAUCCGCAGAGCUCUUCCUAUGGAUGUGAAUAUGCUGACUAGCCUUGUUGAUAUGUAUGCCAAGAAUGGAGAGUUGGAUCUAGCUACUCGUGUAUUUCGAAAAAUUCCCUGUAGGAAUACUGUUUCUUGGAGUGCUUUGAUUUCUGGCUUUGCUCAAAAUGGCUUUGCUGUUAAUGCUCUUCAGCUGUUGAUAGAGAUGCAACUGUCGGGACUUACACCUGAUGUAGCUUCACUUGUAAGUGCACUUCUAGCAUGUUCUCACAUUGGCUCUUUAAAAUUGGGUAGGUCAAUUCAUGGUUAUGCAGUUAGGAAAGUCAUUAUGGACCAAGUUUUAAGUACAGCCUUUAUUGACAUGUACGCUAAAUGUGGACUCAUUUCUUGUGCCCGUGCCCUUUAUGAACACAUCGGUUCCAAGGACUUGAUAUGUUGGAAUACAAUUAUAGCGUGCUAUGGGAUCCAUGGGCAUGGACGAGAGGCACUUACCCUUUUCCAGCAGAUGAAGGACAAGAUAGAACCAGAUCAUGCAACUUUUGCUGCUCUUCUUUCAGCUUUGAGUCACUCGGGAUUAGUGGAGGAAGGACGGCAUUGGUUUGAUGUCAUGGUCAAUGAAUACAAUAUUAAACCUUCUGAGAAGCACUACGCUUGUUUGGUUGAUCUAUUGGCUCGAGCUGGUGAAGUUGAAGAAGCUAAAGAUAUCAUCAUUUGUAUGGAAAUGAAACCUGGGCUUGCUGUUUGGGUUGCCCUUCUAUCUGGUUGCCACAAGCACAAGAAGUUUUUGAUUGGAGAAUUGGCAGCAAAUAGGGUACUUGAAUUAAUUCCAGAGAACACAGGUACUUUAGUAUUAGUAGCAAAUUUCUUUGCGGCAGCAAAAGUGUGGGAUAAAGCAGCUGCUGUGAGGAAGGUUAUGAAAAAGGCAGGGAUGAAAAAAGUUCCUGGCUACAGUGCUGUGGAGGUAAAUGGAAGACUCCAUGCUUUUCUUAUGGGUGAUACAAGUCAUCCUCAAUAUGAACAAAUAAUUGGACUUCUGUGCAAUCUGGAGAAUGAGAUGAAAGCUAUGGGCUAUGUGCCAAAGACUGAAUUUGUGUGGCAGAAUCUUGAAGAAGAAGCCAAAGUGAAAGUGUUGUGUUAUCAUAGUGAGAGACUUGCCAUUGCUUUUGGACUCUUAAACACUGCACCUGGAACCAGGUUGCUUAUCACAAAGAACCUGAGGGUCUGUGGUGACUGCCAUGAAGUAACAAAGUUUAUCUCUGUUAUAGUAAAAAGAGAGAUUAUUGUAAGGGAUGUUAAACGAUUUCAUCACUUUAAGGAUGGAAUAUGCUCCUGUGGUGAUUACUGGUGAAUCUUGUCUAGACACGCAAAGGUGAAUCAUGUCUAGACACGCAAAGAUAUUUCAGGCUGUGUGACUACUGGAUAUAAACUAAUAUAUGAAGAAAAGGUAUUUGUUGCUGCCUUGGCCUUCAAUAAGAGGCCCUUCACCUGAUAGCUGUGUUAUGAUCUGUAGAAUUUAUAGACUGCUAUCGUCUUGUCUUGUGAGAAGCAGGGUACUUGUCCCACCUGUUCACCGUACUCCUGGAAAUCUUUUAACUGCAUUAAAGAUUAGGAAUCUUCUGGACUUACUUCCUAAAGUAUCUCUUGUUAGUGAACUGACCCAUUGCAUGACGUUCAUGCACCUCUUGAGUGACCACUAUUUGUCAGAUUGAGAAUUUGAGUGGGAUUUCAGGACAUCCUAUAGCUUCAAUCACACUCUAACAGAGGAACCACUUCUAGCAGGAAAUAAGUUGCUUCCACUUCUUCUGAGAGGGAAGCAAAUGUUUAACAAGCUUCCAAUAAGGCAUAGUGGUGUCUUGAGGACUUGACUUAGCUCCUGAUUUCUCUCUCAUGCAAGCCCUAUCAAAAUGGCAAAUUAAAAUGCAUCAGCAUCAGCGGCUAACAAAAGAUAGACUGCAUUAAAUGGAUUUUAUCAUGGAACAGCAGCGGAUAACUAGCAUAGUUUUUAAAGUCUGAUUGCUCACCAACUGUAAAGAUUGCUUUGUAUUUCUGCGGAGUUGACAGAUUGAUUCACUGCUUGAUUAAAAGAUGAACUGGACUUUGCAGUUUGA